GCAUAAGACGUGUUGGAAGAAGACCUGAUCAACAACUUCAGGGGGAAGGGAAAAUAAUUGAUAGGAGACCGGAGCGGCGACCGCCUCGAGAAAGAAGAUUUGAAAAACCACUUGAAGAAAAGGGUGAAGGAGGAGAAUUUUCAGUUGAUAGACCCAUUAUCGACCGACCUAUCCGAGGACGUGGUGGCCUUGGAAGAGGGCGAGGUGGCCGUGGCCGUGGCAUGAGUCGAGGAGAUGGGUUUGAUGCUCGUGGCAAGCGUGAAUUUGAUAGGCAUAGCGGCAGCGAUAGAUCUUCUUUUUCACAUUACAGUGGCCUGAAGCACGAGGACAAGCGAGGAGGUAGCGGAUCUCACAACUGGGGAACUGUCAAAGAUGAAUUAACAGAGUCCCCCAGGUACAUUCAGAAACCAAUAUCUUAUAAUUGCAGUGACCUGGAUCAGUCAAACGUGGCUGAGGAGACACCUGAAGGUGAAGAGCGCCCCGUGGCAGACACUGAGAAUAAAGAGAACGAAGUGGAAGAGGUUAAGGAAGAGGGUCCAAAAGAGAUGACUUUGGAUGAGUGGAAGGCGAUCCAAAAUAAAGACCGGGCGAAAGUAGAAUUCAAUAUCCGGAAACCAAAUGAAGGUGCUGAUGGGCAGUGGAAGAAGGGAUUUGUUCUUCAUAAAUCAAAGAGCGAGGAGGCUCAUGCCGAAGACUCCGUGAUGGACCAUCACUUCCGGAAGCCCGCAAACGAUAUCACAUCUCAGCUGGAGAUCAACUUUGGAGACCUCGGCCGCCCGGGACGGGGUGGCAGGGGAGGGCGAGGUGGACGUGGGCGUGGAGGGCGUCCAAAUCGCGGCAGCAGGACUGACAAGUCGAGCGCUUCUGCCCCAGAUGUGGACGACCCGGAGGCCUUCCCAGCGCUGGCCUAACUGGACGCCCAGAGAAGCCUGUUCCUCGGCGGACCCUCUUGUUCAAAGCUCUGUGCAUGCUUAAGGAUCCCAAACAACUAAGAAAUUUUAAAAAGGAAAAAAAAAAAGACUGUCAUUCAUACCAUUCACACCUAAAGACUGAAUUUUAUCUGUUUUGAAAAUGAACUUCUCUCGCUACACAGAAGUUAACAAAUAUGGUAGUCAGUUUUGUAUUUAGAAAUGUAUUGGUAGCAGGGAUGUUUUCAUAAUUUUCAGAGAUUACGCAUUCUUCAUGAAUACUUUUGUAUUGCUGCUUGCAUAUAUGCAUUUCCAAACUUGAAAUACAGGUGUGGACAGUGUGUACCAGUUUAAAAGCUUUCACUUCAUUUGUGUUUUUAAUUAAGGAUGUAGGUGUCCCCCAAUUACAGACUGGUUUUAAAUAUUGGACCUACUAUUGGUUUUAAAACCAGCUUUGCAUUUUCACACAUGGUCAACUGGGACUUGUAAGCUUUGAUUUGUCAGGUUUUACGCUGUGUGGAAUACUAACUAUUUUAUGUAUUUUAACUUAGUUUUAAUACUUUCAUUUUUGGGGAAAAGUCUUUUUUCACUUCUCAUGAUAGCUGUUAUAUAUGCUAAAUCUUUAUAUACAGAAAUAUCAGUACUUGAACAAAUUCAAA